GUUGACGGAGUUCUUGGUCGCUUCUUUGGUUUUCCCGAGAGGUACAAACGGGGAACUCGGCCGCGCGCGGUGGUCGGCGUCCCUCGCCGGCGAUGGCAGCUUCGUCCUCCGCUCUCAACUCUCUCCCUUCAGGCUCCUCCUCUUCUGAUGCCUUCAAUCCUUCUCAUCUAUCGUCUGAUCCUCCUCCUUUGAUCCGGCUCACGCCCAAUCAGAUCAAGCACUGCUCCGAAGCCCUAGCUUUCUUCAAGAAGAAGCUCCGGUCUCCUGCCAAGAUCUCCCAGGAGUUUGACUUUCUUGAGGGGAUGAGGUCAAGAGAGGAUGAGGUCUCGAAGAAGUGCAGUGUUGCUUUUCAAGAAGUCAAUUUGAACAAAAAUCGAUAUAUGGAUAUCUUGCCAUUUGACAGUACUAGAGUUGUCCUUAAUUCAACCAAGGACAGUAAAUCUCUUGGGACUGGCUAUAUCAAUGCUAACCUUAUCACGACCACUUCCAUGGACAAGGUUUCACAAUUUAUUGCUACUCAAGGUCCACUUCGAGAGACUAUUGAUGAUUUCUGGGAAAUGGUAUUUCAGUGUCACUGCCCAGUCAUUGUAAUGCUUACAGUGCUUGAUAAACCCAAGAUGAUGAAAAAAUGUGCUGACUAUUUUCAAGAACAGAAUGGCCCCAGAGAAUUUGAGAAAUUUAUUGUCCUGACUAAGUGGACAAGAACAACUAAAUCUUCAUUGGUAUUAUGUUGCUUGGAGGUGAAGAAAAAACAGUCAGAGGAGGCUUUGUCUGUCCUCCAUAUUCAGUACCCUGAAUGGCCUGAUCAUGGAGUACCUGAGGGCACUCUUGCUGUUCGAGAAAUUUUCAAAAGGAUAUAUCAUCUGCCACCUAAUCUUGGUCCUAUAGCUGUGCACUGCAGUGCAGGCAUUGGGCGAACGGGUACAUAUUGUGCCAUACAUAACACAAUUCAAAGAAUUCUCAAUGGUGACAUGUCUUCUUUAGAUCUUAUUAAGACAAUUACUGAUUUCAGAUCUCAGCGCAUGAGAAUGGUUCAGACAGUGGAUCAAUUCUUCUUCUGCUACGCGGCCAUUGUUGAUGAGUUGGAAGACCUCGUAUCCAAGUCCAAUUACUAGUUAAGGUCCUCCUCGAUAACUUCAUCUGUGCUACACGGCAUUGUUAGUGUCUUAUCAUCAACUCUUUAUUAUUGACUCAGACAAGUUCAGCAGUCAAUUCUGUGAAUCACAUGAAGUGGAACUUACGCUGCAUGUCGGCCUUGCCAUAGCAUCGAAAAUUAUUUUGAAAAUGUGAUUAAGCAAACAGCAUGGAGCUCUGAUUUAAUUUAUUGUUUUUGUAACAAUCAUGCUAUAGGCAAAUUUAUUCCCCAUUUCUCAAAAUGGGGGUGCUAUGUUGUUUCAA